AUGCCAUCCACAGCCCCAAUCCUGCGGCCCAAGAAGGCCAUGAAUGCCCAUCAGGAAGAAGAGCCGAUCAGCUACGACAUCAACAUUCCUUACGUCGACGUCACCAAAGAAGUGCAUCUCCGCACCAGAUACCCUGAGUACCUUCCCACAUGGGACAAAGUGUGGUUCGACCCACUUCCUCCAUUUGAGUACCAGGAUCCUGCCCUGCGUGUGAAGGACAAGAGCAAGCCCAACCUUCUGACUUCGAACACGAAAAUGACGGAGAUUCAGCCGCGGAUCGGAAGCAUCUUGGAGGGAGUCCAGUUGAGCCAGCUCUCGGAUGCGGCUAAGGAUGAAUUGGCGCUGCUGAUUGCAGAGCGCAAGGUGGUUGCUUUCCCCGAUCAGGAUCUGAUCGAUGCUGGGCCGGAGGAACAGGAGGCAUUUAUGCGACACUUUGGCAAGCCUAACUACCAGCCGGUCUCCGGCUCCAUGCGCGGCCACCCUGGAUUUCACAUUAUUCAUCGUGAUGGAAACCGUGAGGAGAUCACACGCUUCUUGGAGCAGCGUACAACAACCACACUCUGGCACCAAGAUGUGAGCUACGAGAUUCAACCCCCCAGCUAUGUCAUGCUAGGACUGCUAGAAGGUCCCGAGGUGGGCGGCGACACCGUCUUCUCGGCUACUGAUAUGGCGUACAAGCGUCUUUCUCCCACUUUCACCUCAUGGCUGGAUACGCUGCGGGCAGUCCACUCCUCCGCCAAGAUGAUCAGCCACGCUCGCAUGACUGGUAGUUUGGUGCGCAAGGACGCUGUCGACACCGUCCACCCGCUUGUGCGCGUUCACCCGGUAACAGGCGAGAAAUGCCUUUUCGUCAAUGGGGAGUUCAUCACGAAGAUUCAGGGCCUAAAGGAGCCUGAGCAGAAGUGGUUGCUCGACUUCAUCAUGCAACAUAUCAUCACCGGACACGACUUCCAGGCCCGAGUCCGAUGGCAACCCAGGACAAUUGUCCUCUUCGACAACCGCAGCACCACUCACUCUGCCAUUGUCGACUACCUCGAUGACGACAACGGUGCUAAGCUCCGCCACAUCUUCCGCAUGUGUGCCUUGGGCGAGAAGCCCAUCCCAGUGUACGACCAAUUCGAGUAG